AUGGACACCUCUGUGUUUCUGUGCCUCUUCAUUAUCCUGCUCACUGGGGUGUCCCCAGCACAGUGUGCCGGAGACGAAAGUUCUGCAUCCCAGACCUUGACCUACUCCUCUCCAGGCACAGCCAGCACUGUGGAGAAACCUAUUCUGCUGAACAAUGUUGGGGAUGCUGAAGCCUUCAUCAACGGUGCUGAGGUGGCAGUCAUUGGAUUCUUCCAGGAAGGGGAGAGCUCCGGAGCCUCUCAGUUUCGCCAGGUGGCCGGCCGGAUCCCCGAGGUGGCCUUCGGUCUCAGCACCAGCCCCGCCGUCCUCUCCCACUAUGGCGUAGCGCCCAACACCGUCACGCUCUUCCGCAUGGUAGACAAUGACCGUAAGGAUCUGGAUAUGAACAACAACGAUGUUGAUGCUGAGAAGAUGACUCGUUUCAUUCGGAUGAACGAGCUCCGCCUGGUGACAGAAUACAACCCUGUGACAUCAAUAGGUGUGAUGCAGAGUUCUCUCCAGCUUCACCUUCUCCUGAUCACAGACAAGAUGUCCCCAAAGCACUCCGAGCGAAUGCGCAAAUACCGGGCAGCAGCAGAGCUCUUCAAGGGGAAGAUUCUUUUUAUCCUCUUAGAUAGCAAUUUGAAAAGUAAUGAACGAGUAGUUUCAUUCUUCAAACUGAAGAAGUCCCAGCUGCCAGCUCUGGCUAUAUUCCAUGCACCAGAUGAGGAGCAGGAUGUGUUGACUCUGGAUGAAGUCUCCAUUGGGCACAUACAGGACUUCUGUAAUCGUUUCUUGCAAAGAAUGAAGAAGAAACAAGAUGAACCUCAGGAGAACACCCUCAAUGAGGAACUCUAAUACUUCCUCAGUCAACAGGAUGACUGCCCUGAGAGUCAUCUAUUUGAGGUGUAUGAAGAGUUCACUGAAUCCCACAGCUCAGGAAUUUCUGGGGUAGUAGGAUUAAGGGACCAAGUCAGUGAUGGACUCUCAUCUCCAUGCUAUGUACGUAUAUGCUGUCUGUCCUCUCUAGGAAUUUCUUCUCCCUUCUCAUUUGUUGACUCCAGUUCUGUUUUCUCAUUACUCCAGAAGUUCUAGUAUUGCCCUACAUUGUGUCCUUUCAUGCCACCUCUGUUGGAGCAAAGGGUGAUAUAGCAAAAUGGCAACACUGAAAAUAAAGCUUUUAGUUCCCAGAGAUCUGUUUCUCUCAUU